AUGGCUUACUCCCUGCAGAGAGACGUUUGGUCAGCUCUGGGCCCUUUGCCGCCUGCGCUGCGUACCUUCGACGCGCGGCCCAUCCUCUCCGUGGGGGUCAAGGCUGCCGAUACCCUUUUGGCGAUUGACUGGUGGUCGAAGAUGGUGCUCAAUGCUCCCAAAUGA